AUCCUCUCAGGUUGGGAUCUUCUCCGCAGGGUUGCAAACGGAUCCGCCUCUCGCACGCCAGGAAGCGCGGCGGGGUUGUGCAAAGCUCCAGAAGGCGGGGCGGCCAGGCAAGGGAAGGAAGGGAAAGCCAGAGCGUGUGUGUUUCCUUGCACACACACACGCAGACCCACAACCACACCGUCCUCGCUUCCCUCGAGAUCGCGCAUCCUUCGGCCCGAAAGCGCGGAGCGAGGGUCCCUCCAGGCGCAUCGCCGGCAGCCGGGCAAGUCUUGCAGGGCCCGGGGAUGCUGCCGCUGCCGCUGCCCGCUCGCCCGGAGUAGCCGCCUUCUCUUUGAUGCGUCCGACGCUCUCGGAGACAGCUCCGCCAGGAUGAGGGCCCAGCAAGUCCUCCUGGUUGUCGUCUGCCUCCACGCGCCGGACCUUCUGGUCAGCACCUCUGAGCGCUGCGAUGACUGGGGGGUCGACACCAUGAAGCACAAGCCGGUCUACAGUGGGGAACCGGCCAAGAUCAAGUGCCCCCUUUUUGUGGCUUUUGUGAAGUACAACUACAGCACUGCCCACUCGGCCGGCUUGACCCUCAUCUGGUACUGGAUCGGGCAGGGCCAGGACCUGGAGGAGCCCAUCAACUUCCGCCAUCCCGACAACCACAUCAGCAAGGAGAAGGACAUGCUCUGGUUCCGCCCGGCCCUGCUCAACGACACCGGGAAUUACACCUGUAUGCUCAGGAAUGCCACUUACUGCAGCAAAAUUGCCGUCCCCUUGGAGGUGGUCCACAAGGACCCCGGCUCCUGCCUCAGCCAAGCGGUCAAGCCGGAAGAGGUCCUCAUGUACUACGACAGGGUCAAAUGGAACCUCACCUGCCCUGAUGUGGAGAGCUUCAUUCCCGCCGGACUUGAGCCCCAGGUCCGCUGGUACAAGGAGUGCCACCUGAUGAAAUAUGAGUAUCAUGAUCGGAUCCCCAAUGGCCUCAACCUCACUUUUGGCAUUGUCCUAGCAACAUACGAGGGCGAGUACACCUGCGUGGCAAGUUACCGGGAGAACAGCCGGGAUUUUUCCCUGACACGGACGAUGAGAGUCAGGGUGGUAGGAGCACCAGAAAAAUCAACGCCUCCAGUGAUCAUCUCCCCAACAAAGCGGAUUGCCUAUGAACUCAAGCCAGGAGAACAACUCCGCCUCCCUUGUGAGGUCACCUUCACGUUCCUGAAGGACUCUCCCCAGGAGGUCUGGUGGGCCAUUGAUGGAAAACACUCAGAUGAUGUCACCGACUUCAAGUUCAACGUGUCCACCACGGAGACCCCAUUAACGAUCGGAGGGACCAAGAUCGAAAAGAGGCUUAUUGUGCCCCGUGUGACGGAGAAGGAUUUGAAACGCAAUUUCACGUGCUUCGCGCAGAACAACAGAGGCAUUGUGCACGCCCAGGCGGUUGUGAGGAUGAAACCCCCAGUUUUGAGGUACACCGUGGAGCUCGCCUGUGGCCUGGGGGCCACUGUGCUGCUGGUGGUCAUUCUGACGGUCAUUUACCACUUCUACUGGCUGGAAAUGGUCCUCUUCUACCGCGCUCACUUUGGGACUGACGAAACCGUCCUUGAUGGGAAGGAAUACGAUAUUUACGUCUCCUACGCCAGGAAUAUGGAAGAAGAGGACUUCGUGUUGUUGACUCUCCGGGGCGUUUUGGAGAACGAAUACGGCUACAAGCUGUGCAUUUUUGACCGAGACAGUCUCCCUGGGGGAAUUGUCACGGAUGAAACUCUGAGCUUCAUCCAGAGAAGCCGCCGUCUCUUGGUAGUGCUGAGUCCCAACUACGUCCUGCGGGGCACCCAGGCUUUGCUGGAGUUUAAGGCUGGCCUGGAGAACAUGGCUUCCAAGGGCACCAUCAAGGUGAUCCUUGUCCAGUACAAGCCCAUCAAGAAGAGCAAAGUGAAGGAGCUCCGGCAAGCCAAGACGGCCCUGACCGUCAUUAAGUGGAAAGGGGAGAAGUCCCGUUACCCCAUGGGAAGGUUUUGGAAGGAGCUGUUGGUCGAAUUGCCGGUGAAGAGCAGAACCAAGAACCUUCCGUCUCAACAAGAUCUCAUCACCCUUUCGCCAAAAGGCGUCUAAGGAAAGGGGAGGCCAGGAACCCCCAAAGCUGGGCUUGGGAGGAGAGCAGAGGGCUUGGUUUGGGGAGUCUCUGGGAAUCCACGUUCCACCUCUGGCCUGGCGUGGCCAGAGGCGCCCACCUGGACUGGCCCUGUUUUGAAGGUGCCCCAUCUGCAUUGGAAGCCGAGCUGUCCAUCCCGUCUCCUGCAAAUCGCACCACCUAGCUUGCAGGCGGCUGAGGCAAGGCGGGCGGUCUGGGACACCUGUGCAAUUGUAGUAAGGAUGCACCACAGUGUCGUUUGUUUCCCUUUCACUCUUUCGUGGUGUCCCUCAAGUUCUUCGACGGAAAAACAGAAGUCCACCUGAAGGCCUUUUCUUCUCGGUCCAGAGGGGUCACUGGAGAAGGCAGGUGCUCUCUUCCUUUGGACACUAAAGCAGCUUUCCAAAGUUGUCCCGAAUGGCCAGAGUGGCCUUCCUCCACCUGAGCUUUUCCAGGUGUGUCGUAUUUCCGUUCCCACAACCGUCAGUCGCUGCAAACUUUGCAAUCCAGACACGUUCAGGACUCGGGGCUGGAGACAGGAAACCCUGGCUGGCUUUUGGCCUCCUUUGGCCAAAAAAACCACUUCACAAUGGCGUGUUGCGCUGGGUGUGCACUGCGAUGGUUCUUGUGCUGAGUGCAGGAAAGUGUGGGGUAGCCCCUUUGCUGUCUAAACCAGCCUGUUGAGGAAGGGGAGAUUUGGGGACCGCCCCCCACGCCCCAUAAUCCCAGAGCUCAUGUGGGUAACCGCUAGGAUGAGAGGGACUUUUUACAGGAGGGACUUAACAGCAGUGAAUCUCGAAAGGUUCCCAGGCAGGCAGUUGUAAGCCAAGCCAAGUUGUAAGCCAAGCCAAGUUGUAAGCCAAGCCAAGUUGUAAGCCAAGCAGGAAUUCAGGAGUUGAAGUAUUAGUAGCAGAGUAUUAGUGGUAAGUAGGGAGGAGAAGGGAGAGGAGGAGUGGAAUCUGGGACGUCACAUUUCUUCAACUUCUAGGAUGAGAUCUUCCUUCUUUUCAUCAAGAUGGAGGCUUCAAGUCCAGGAUAUGUCCCCAGUUACGGACGUGACACGCUGCACAGAAUGGAUCCCUUCCUAAACAAUUUGAAUUGCUUUAUUCAAUGCUCAAGGUCCUUUUAAGGAACAGAACAGGGGCUUUCACUUAAGCAGCUUUUUGGGUCUCCAAAAUUGUCCCAGCUGGCCAGAGCAGGGGUCUCCAACCUUGGUCCCUUUAAGACUUGUGGACUUCAACUCCCAGAGUUCCUCAGCCAGCUGGGCCAGAGCAGCCUGCUUGGGACAGAUUGUGGUGCCUUGUUGGAACCACUGUUGGUUUAACUUCUAAAUUGGCCCAAUGCCAUUUUUUCAGGGGUCGGUCAACCCCGGAAGGGCCAGUCCUGCUCACAAGCCGGAGCUCUGAGCUUCUGGCUUGGUUGCACCCGAUUCAGUGGUUGUACUCAAGAAUGGCGGGCGAAGAUUUAUCGGUAGCCGAGCAAGGAGCCUCGAGGGGCAAAUCCCCAUGCAGAAUUUCAAAAACUAUUUUAUUUUUUAUUUUAUUUUUUGGUCUUUUGUUCUGCCAACUCCUGGUCUCUGUAUUAUAGCAUUACCGGAUUGGCUAUGGGAUGGUGGCAGAUCUGGACACUCAGUGGUGUGUUCGUGUGUGUGUAAGAGAGAGAGAGAGAGAGAGAGAGAAUGAGAGAGAGAGAUCAUAACCCAAAGUUGUUGCUUAGCUCACUGGGGUCCCCUACCAACCCCCUCCUGUUGCCAGCCCCAAAGAUUGCUGGGGUGUGUAGUUAGAGGUUGAAGUCAUGCAGGAAAUCCUGUGAAUCCCAUUCAGAUAUGUAAAUCAAUGAGGAUCAACAGGCUUUAGGGCUGUCCGACUCACCCAGAACUAUGGUGCUCUCCAAGUCAUGGUGAUUUUAUUGCAAACGAUUCAUGACCCAACUGGGGAACAUCCUCAGUGCUAGAAGGGAGAGGGGGUUGCAGAGAGGAGGAGGAGGAAGAGAAUGACUGUGGCAUCCUUGGUUCUUGCUGAACUUGGUGCUUUCCUUGUAGACGUUUCAAGACCCAACUAGGGAACAUCAUCAGUGCUAGAAGGGAGAGGGGGUUGCAGAGAGGAGGGGGAGGGAAGAACUGUGGGGUGCUUGGUGCUCCCUGAGCUUGGUUGUUUGCUUGCAGACAUUUCAUGACCCAACUAGGGAACACUAUCAGUGCUAGAAAGGAGGGGGGUUCGAUCCCUACUUAUACCCAGUAGUCUUCUCUG